UUGUGAGUGAAGAAGAAUCUUGAGUUUAACUUGGUAGUAAGGAAAGCUCUCCCGUCACUGUCCACUGUAGGGUUCUGUUGUCUGUCUUACUACAACGUGGGGAGUCUCUGCUGGUCACACUUCAUAAUCUUAUCGAUGGUCUUUGGACAAUCGAGGUCAUCAGGGAUCAGAGUGCAACAGGAUUUGACACAAGAACCUAAACAAGUCCCCAACAACAUCUAAUACCUAACAGAGAGAAGGCAACAUAAAGAUGGAGACAUGGAACAUGGUGAUGUGUGUGACUGGCUAUUUCUGCUGCCUAAAUUUAGUGUCAAUAUGAGCCAUGACAGUGUGAUGCCGACUGGGUCGCUCUUUCUUAGUAGCUACCUGUGGUAAUCCACUUAAGCUCAUGAUGCUUCUCUAAAUCCACCCAAUCUGUUGAGUCCCUCAUUUAACAACCUCACUCAAUAAAUCUGGGUCAAUAGACGUUACUGCUGCUGUGUGAGAUGAACGAAACCAGCAGAAUUUUCCAUCUUUGAAUAGCUGUUUUAACGGGAUCAAUUGAAGAUUUUAUCAACGUUCCCAGAUGGGAGCUUGGAGCCACAAGGAGGUUUGAGGAUUUUGCACGGAAAAUGGAGCAUCAAGACCGCAUGAAAAGCAGCUGGAGAGAAUAUUUGUGCAGUCAAAGCCGGGGAGAGUUUGGUGCGACAGCGAACUGGCCCGCGAUCGGUGGCGAGGUAGAAAGCAGCAAUGCACAGCUGGACGAAGAGGCGCAUCUAUACCGCAACUUCUGGAACGAUUCUGAACCAGCAAGAGUCAAGAACUGGACCAGCAGAUCAUUUGCAAUGGAUGCGAGAUUAAGACUUGAUAGUCUGAAGUCUGGGUGUAACUCACCGCAACCCUGGGGUGACUCGGACAACUCUUUAUACUACUAUGACAGUGAAAAAGACCUCUGGAAUGGCGGAGACGUAGAAGAAGAGCAGUCUGCUUUGGACAUGGUGGAGAUCCUUGAUAUGGAGGAAAGCACAGGAGAUGAAGAGAGCUGGUUAUAUGAGCCUCCGAAUAGGCCGUCGUUCGGAGAGAGGGAGUCUGCUCUCAGGUGGUGUCGACACGUUCUGGACAACCCCAGCCCCGAGAUGGAGGCUGCCCGUCGUGGGCUGAUGAACAAGCUGGAUCCAAGAUCAAGAUAUUACUUCUGCAGACAUGCAGCAGUUUCCACUCAUUCCCCGAGUGUCUCCUUGGGUUUCGCUCAGGACGAAACGUCAGUCCACACAUCACUCAAUGACUCUGACAGCUUAGAUCAUGCUAAGGUGACCCACCCUGAUGACUUCAUAACCACAAGCUACAGACUACAGGACAUAACAGAUGUCCACAUAAUGGCCAGAAUACAGGAAGACAGUUUAAGACAGGAUUACAUCUCCAUGCCUGCUGCAGCUCUCUUGAGGAGAAACCCAGAUGUGUUUUCCUCAUUUUUAAAUGCCGAGGCUGACUAUGCUGGUGACUUCAGUUCCAGAAAUAAAAACACUGCUCCAGACUCCGCCUGCAAGCCCGGUCUGACAGCUACAGGCUCUUCCAGCUGCAAGUUACCAACGCCAGCAGCUAAGCAGGGCGGCCAAAGCCCAAAACUGACCAAACUUCACCAGCAAGUAACGCAGUUCAAGCUGCUGAGGCUUGCCCAGAAUAAAGCAUCCCCAGGCAGGAUGAGGUCACCUCUGCAGACAAGCCUGCGCUCUCUCCAGGCUGUCAGGAACAGCAGGAGUUUAGAGGCCGAUGUCAGCCAACCUGCCGGCCAAAGCAACCACCAUCCCCCAGUUGUUCCACCUUCCACAACAGCGUCAAGCCGUGCCGCAUAUCUGAACUCCAGCGACGUCGCGGGCUUGAUGAGAGAGUCCACAGACAGAAUAACGGCGGUGAAAAGGCUGCAGAGAUCCCAGUCCCUCAGUCCCAGCAGGAUUGCUCACCCUUCCAAGGGAUGCUUGUCUGUUCGUGGGCGAAUUUUUGCCUCGCCAGACAGGGUGUCCACUGCGGCCUGGGGCAGGCAUGCCUCAUCCAUUCAACGGUGAAAAAUGUCACUGGGAAAUCCCCAUUAGACAAACGAAUGAGGAAGGACGCUAAAAGUGGCUUAAAAAUGUAUUUGUACUGUUUAAACUUUAUCACAUUUUAUCACACUGCAACUUCAAAUCUCAAUGUGUUUGAUGUGACUAACACAAAGUAGCGCGUAGCUGGGAAGUAGAAAGCAAGGGAUUGUUUUUAAAAUAAAAAUCUGUAAAGUGUGGCGUGCUUUUUUAUCCCAACUGUUUACAGGACAGCUAUUGAUCCAAUAUCCUAAACUUUCACCCUCUCACA